CAGAGGGCCACGCACCUGUUGGGGCAGGAGCUGUUUGCAUGGCACCGGUCUAGGAUCUCCAAACCACUCCUCCUCAGUACCACUGUGGGGUUUGCUUUGGGAGUCUCCUGGACGUGCAGGGAGCCGACACUGCGCUAUCACCUGAGACCUAGCCCCAUCCGUUGCCCGCCCCCCAUAGCUCUCCAUUUUACUGUCUUGCGCGUCCUCUCUGCCUCCAGCCCUCCUCUCUCUCCAUCCAGCCUCCCCGGCUUCCGCACCCUCUCGAUUCUCCGCUGGGGUCGCGUCUUGUAGCAGCGUCUCGCCCCUUCCCCUCCCCCGCGCCAGCCCUUUGUUUCCCGGCGGAGCAGUUCCUGGGUUGCGAGAGUCCCUGUCUCCGCAUCUCUCCUCGCCCCGCCUCCUCCCUGCCGGGAUCCGCCCCGCCUGCAGCCUCUCCGCCCUCCUUCCCUGUCGCCCUGGCCCCAGAGGUGCCGGGGACCCACCUUCCCGGCUCGCGUGCGCCCGGUUCCGCGGCCCCGGCGGCCCCGCCGCCCGCGCCUUCCCGGGAGGGGGUCAGGUGGGCGGGCACUAUUGUUGUGGGAGCCGGCGGCAGAUUCCUCAGCCGCGCUGGCGCGCUCGGGGUGGGACCGACUGGGCUGGGGGGUGGGGAGGGGAGCGGUGAUCUGAGCUGGGAGCAGCUGGUCUUCGCGGCUCGCUCCCUCCUUCGCGCUCGCGCUCUUCGCCGCCGCCCGCAGGGCUGCGCGGCUCGGUGGCAUCUCGGGCGCGGCCCGCCGUCCUCGCCCCCGGCGCCGCUCGCUCCCCCCCCCUCCGGAUUCCCCCAUGUAUGACGACUCCUACGUGCCCGGGUUUGAGGACUCGGAGGCGGGUUCAGCCGACUCCUACACCAGCCGCCCCUCUCUGGACUCAGACGUCUCCCUGGAGGAGGACCGGGAGAGUGCCAGGCGAGAAGUGGAGAGCCAGGCUCAGCAGCAGCUGGAGAGAGCCAAGCACAAACCUGUGGCAUUUGCUGUGAGGACCAAUGUCAGCUACUGUGGGGUGCUGGAUGAGGAGUGCCCAGUCCAGGGCUCUGGAGUCAACUUCGAGGCCAAAGAUUUUCUGCACAUUAAAGAGAAGUACAGCAACGACUGGUGGAUCGGGAGGCUAGUGAAAGAGGGGGGAGACAUCGCCUUCAUCCCCAGCCCCCAGCGCCUGGAAAGCAUCCGGCUCAAACAGGAACAGAAAGCCAGGAGAUCUGGGAACCCUUCCAGCCUGAGUGACAUUGGCAACCGACGCUCUCCUCCUCCAUCUCUAGCCAAGCAGAAGCAGAAGCAGGCGGAACAUGUUCCCCCAUAUGAUGUGGUGCCCUCCAUGCGGCCUGUGGUGCUGGUGGGACCCUCGCUGAAAGGUUAUGAGGUCACGGACAUGAUGCAGAAGGCUCUCUUUGACUUCCUAAAACACAGGUUCGAUGGCAGGAUCUCUAUCACGCGGGUCACAGCUGACCUCUCACUGGCUAAGCGGUCUGUGCUCAACAACCCUGGCAAGAGGACCAUCAUUGAGCGCUCCUCUGCCCGAUCCAGCAUUGCUGAAGUGCAGAGUGAGAUAGAGCGCAUAUUCGAGCUGGCCAAAUCCCUGCAGCUAGUUGUGUUGGAUGCUGAUACCAUCAACCACCCAGCACAGCUAGCCAAGACCUCAUUGGCCCCCAUCAUCGUCUUCGUCAAAGUAUCCUCACCGAAGGUACUCCAGCGGCUCAUCCGCUCCCGGGGGAAGUCGCAGAUGAAGCAUCUGACAGUACAGAUGAUGGCAUAUGACAAGCUGGUUCAGUGCCCACCAGAGUCAUUCGAUGUGAUUCUGGAUGAGAACCAGCUGGAAGACGCCUGCGAACACCUGGCCGAAUACCUAGAGGUUUACUGGCGUGCUACCCACCAUCCAGCGCCUGGCCCUGGACUUCUGGGCCCUCCUAGUGCCAUCCCUGGACUUCAGAACCAGCAGCUGCUGGGGGAGCGUGGUGAAGAGCAUUCGCCCCUGGAGCGGGACAGCUUGAUGCCCUCAGAUGAGGCCAGCGAGAGCUCCCGCCAGGCCUGGACCGGAUCUUCACAGCGCAGCUCCCGCCAUUUGGAGGAGGACUAUGCAGAUGCCUAUCAGGACCUGUACCAGCCUCACCGCCAACACACCUCGGGGCUUCCCAGUGCUAAUGGGCAAGACCCCCAAGACCGGCUCCUAGCCCAGGACUCGGAGCACGACCACAAUGACCGGAACUGGCAGCGUAACCGGCCUUGGCCUAAGGACAGCUACUGACCACCACCUGCCCUACCCUGGCAGGCACAGGCACAGCGGCUGGGGUGCCCACCUCAGGCAGGUUGGAGUUAGACUGGCAUUAGGCUGCCACUAGGUUCAGCUCCCACAACCCCCUGCCCAGCCCCUGGUCCAGGGCUGAUUGUGGUCCCAAGGUUCUGGGAGAAGCAAGGGGCCCCCUCACCUCCUGGGCACAGUGACCCCGUAGGCUCUCAUCCCAGGUACUAGCUGUGUUCUGUACCCUUGGCACCUUCCUCACCUGCACAAGCUGCCGCAGUGGGCAGUGAUCUCAGGCCAGGAUCACUUAGCAGGGGACGCCCGACCAGAAUGGAUGCCCCUCUAAUAACGGGGGUGGGAGCGUGGGCAGUACAGCAUGAGUCCUAACAAGGGCCUCUACUCUCCUCACUGCCACACAUCAGAAAAGAAACAAUCAGAGCUCAACAUGGUAGCACUUCUGUAUGUCAGCUGGGGUGGGCAAGGACACCUAAGACAGGAGCAGUGCAGGUGAGGCUAGACAGACUCACAGCGGAAGCUCUGCUAGACAAAGGCCCUCCUCUCCAAACCAGGAAGCUUAGCAUCUGGCAAGCCUAGGGAACUGGAGCACAGUGAAGCCAGAAGCUCGGACUGCGGGGGAGGGAGGAGCAGCUUCCGGCCCCCAUGCGUUUCUCAUUCUUUUGCCCUUGCAUCUGUCAUUUCUGUUCUUUCCCUCCAAGCCUCCUGCAAGACCAGGCUCCCUGACUCAUAGCUGCUGCUUGUUAAGUUAGGGUUAGAUGAGGACACUAGGACACAGUGGACAGCCCCCAGAGGCUGUCCACCUGGCUAUCCUUGCCUUAUGGCUCUAGCGUGUGACCUACAGAGCAUGCUCCAUUAAGAACCUGCCCCACCUCAUUGUCAUCUCCAAUAAACACCAUGCACAGUC